AUGAGUACAGCUAGAUUCUUAUCAUGGAGGAAGAUCUUCUUCUGGUCCCUUUAGUUGGUGCAGUUGCCUACAAGUUCUUCAGGCCAGCUCUGUAUUCAUGGCCUUCUUUGCCCGAUGGUACCAAAAUUGACCAGAACACAAAAACUUCAAGAUAUGGCGCCUCUGAAUUACUUCUUGGAUUAAAUAUUGAGGAUAAGAAUGCAAACAUUGAGGAAGCAAAAAUGAAGGCAAUGGUAGGACACACUCAACAGCAAUUUCUUGCACGUAUUGGGGCAAUAGAAAUUGAAGAAGAUAAUAUAUCCAGUGGUGAACUUUCAUCAAAUCCAAGGUUUACUCUUUUGCCGUGGAUGGAUGGCGUGGCUUGCUUGGUUUUAAUUCUUGGACUUGAAGAUGAGUCAGCUAUUGCUAGAGCUGCAGAGACCAUUGCAGAUGUAUCUAUUAAUGAGCGAAUGCGGGUUUCAUUUAAAGAAGCAGGUGCUACAAACCCUCUUGUUCGGCUAAUUAACCAUCCUAGUGACACUGUUAAAUUAGCUGUUAUUCGGGCUCUGGAGAGGCUAUCUAUCAGUAAUGACGUAUGCCAAAGAAUGGAAGCAGAAAAUGUCGUGCAUUCUUUGAUUUACUUGCUCAGUAACUCGGAGAUCUCUAAGAGCUUGACAAAUAUGUUUUAUUAUGGACCAGUUAAUGGGUCGACAAAUGAAUGGAGUGCAGCAAGAAAUGCAGGGUUGACUGGAAAUGAAAAUGAGAAAGUUGCAUCAACAACCAGCUUGGAAACUGCCAAUGUGGUGGAUCUCUUAGAUUCUGCUGUUCUAUCUCGCCUAGUUGAUAUCAUGAGGACGUCAUCCGCAGAUUUGCAGAGGAAAUCUGCUUCAAUCCUUGAGUUCGCCGCAGUUAUUGAGUCAUGCACGGAAAAGAUCCUGUCCGUUGACCUAGAAAGUGGGCUGGAUGCUGUUUUCCAGCAGAGAACUUUAAAUGACGCAGUCUGAAAUAGAUCUGCAGAACCCGGAGUUUCAUGCGCUUGAGGUUGAAGAGGCUGGUCAUGCGAUAGCUGGAGCAUCCCGGCUACUUACAAGACUGCUGGACUUUGAGCAGUUCUGUCGUAAAGCAAAUGCAUCUCAUUUUACAAAGUUACUGCGAAAGGUUCUCAAAUCAGACAUCCCUCUUUACCACAAAGACUGGGUUGCUGCCUGUUUUGUGAAGCUCCGCUAUCUCUCUGGUCCAUAUUUUGACUAUGAUAAUCCGAUCAACUUAGAGGUAACUCUUUAUGAGACGAUCCCAAUGCUGGUAGAACAGAUCAAGACUUCAUAUUCAUUGGAAGUACAAGAGGCUGCUGUUGUAGAACUCAACAGAAUAAUCUCUGAAGAGGUGGUGAAUUCCACCAGAGCCGUGGCUGCCGAGGGAGGGAUAUUUACAUUGGUGAAGCUGCUCGAAAAUGGGAGUGAACGAGCUGUUGAAGCAUCUCUAGCAAUACUGUAUAAUUUGAGCAUGGACAGUGAGAAUCAUGCUGCGAUUAUAGCUGCAGGAGCUGUGCCAAUUUUGAGAAGACUUGUACUAACGCAAAGGUCACAUUGGAUGCUUACCUACAUGAUGAAUUCAGCUAAAUUCUUACCAGUUGUAAUAUAAAAAUUAUGAGUUCAUGUUGUUAGUAAUAUAACCCUUCUUUAUACAAAACCCUCUAUUUAGUCUUCAAGCUGAUCUCUUCUGCGAUGAGAGAAUUUUGUGAAUUGAGCCAGGAACAGAUAUUUAAUGCUAUGUAUCUUAUACAGAGACAA